AUGACAUUGUUUGAGUGCAUUUCAUUAUUUGUAGCCAUUCUCUUCAUCAUAUUCUACAAUAUAUGGAAACGCAACAAAAAUGUUGUUAUCCCAAGUUGGCCAAUUAUUGGCAUGCUACCAUCAGUUUUCCUUAAUCUAUCUAAUAUUCACGAUUUCGCAACCAUAGUUUUCAAACAUUAUGCAGGCACUUUUCAUUUUAAAGGACCAUGGCUCACAAACAUGGCCAACAUUAUUUUCACUUGUGAUCCCAUGAACGUGCAGCACAUCACCUACAAGAAUUUCAGCAACUAUGGGAAAGGAUCUGAUUUCCAUGAGUUUUUGGAAGUCUUCGGAGUUGGUAUUUUAAAUUUGGAUUUCAAUGAAUGGAAACAAGAGAGAUCAUUACUACAUUCAUUGCUAAAAAGGAAAAACUUUGAGAUUUUCCAUCAAAAUAACAUUCAAAAGAAGCUUGAGAACUGCCUAUUACCACUUCUUGAUCUUUCAUGCGAAGGUGUACAAGUACUUGAUUUACAAGAUAUUCUUGAGAGGUUCACCUUUGACAUCACCUCUACCUUUUUAUUUGGAUUCGAUCCUAAUUCCCUUCCUUGCAACUUCAGUGACUUUUCCGAUGUUACUUAUGUAAAAGCUGUGUCUGAGAUUGAGGAUACGAUAUUUUUCAGACACAGUAUUCCAAAAUGUUUGUGGAAGCUUCAAAAAUGGCUACAAAUUGGUCAAGAGAAGAAGCACAAGGUAGCUCUAGAAAAUCUUCACCAAUUCUUGUACAAAUGUAUAACUUAUUCCAAAGGCAAUGAAGAUGAGGAUGAAUAUCAUUCUUGCUUGCUAAAAGAGUUAAUGAAGGGAUGCUUGGAAAAGGAUGAAAUGGUUGAUAAGUAUUAUCUUAGAGACACUACACUCAAUCUCUUGAGUGCAGGAAAUGGAACAAUAAGUUCAGGUCUCAGUUGGUUCUUUUGGCUUGUUUCAACUCAUCCUAUUGUGGAAGCUAAAAUUGUUCAAGAGAUCAAAGAUAACUAUUUAGCACAAGAGGAGAAUUCUAUUUCAAAUUUAAGCAUACAACACCUUGAUAAGCUAGUGUAUCUUCAUGGAGCUAUAUGUGAAGCCUUAAGGCUUUAUCCACCUAUACCAUUUGAGCUCAAGUGUGCAAUAAAAGCUGACAUACUACCUAGUGGAGACCAUGUUAGUGCAAAUACAAAGUUAAUAUAUUCUUUAUAUGCAAUGGGAAGGAUGGAAGAAAUAUGGGGAGAGGAUUGCUUGGAAUUUAAGCCAGAGAGAUGGAUAUCAGAUAAAGGACAGAUUAUACAUGUACCAUCUUACAAGUUCAUAGCAUUCAAUGCCGGUCCAAGAAGUUGUAUUGCAAAAGGUAUUAGCCUUGUUCAAAUGAAAAUGGUUGCAGCUGCUAUGUUGUGGAGGUUUCACAUAGAGGUUGUGGACUCUCACAGAGUGACACCAAGGGUUUCUUUUGUUCUUCGCAUAAAACAUGGCUUAAAGAUCAAAGUCACUAAAAGAUGCCUUUAA